AUGUCGUCAUUGAAACAAAUGAAGGAGAGUUUUGUGUCUGAUUUGACCGGGGGAUCCAUUGAAGAGAUUUACCUCGUAACAUCAGUGGCAUUGACUUCAUAUCUAUCCUACAAAUUCAUCAAGGAUUCAAUUGUCCAAUUGCCCUUGGCUUAUGACUAUGCGAUUAAUGUGCUAACUAUUCUUGCAUCAAUUACUAUCUACAGCAGUAAUACAGUCUUUCUACAAUAUUCAAUAUUCAUCCCGUCCUUGCUUGUGUACUUGCUUAACCACUACACAACGGAGAAGAAGAAAGUGCAUCACCGACAACAGGACAAAGAAAACGAUCCACUUUUGACCCGAAAGCAAUUUCUUACCGCUUAUAGGUCACAUAUGUUAAUCAUUACCAAUUUAGCUAUAUUGGCUGUGGAUUUCAAAAUUUUCCCAAGACGAUUUGCAAAAGUUGAAACAUGGGGUACAUCAAUGAUGGACUUAGGAGUUGGGUCCUUUGUAUUUUCAAUGGGGUUGGUGAAUUCGAGACAGUUGAUUAAAGCGAACACGUCUUACACUUUCAGCUUGAAGACGUAUUUGAGAUUAAUACAACAAAGCACAAUAAAAACGCUUCCUUUAUUAGUAUUGGGCCUUGCCAGGUUUAUCAGCGUUAAGCUGCUUGACUAUCAGGAACAUGUUACUGAGUAUGGUAUUCACUGGAACUUUUUCAUUACAUUAGGUUUGUUACCAGUUUUGUUGGGAGUCUUGGACCCACUACUUAACAUCUUACCACGAGUGGUGGUUGCAUUUACCUUUCUCAUGUUGAAUGAAGUUAUAUUGCAAAGAACCAACGUGCUCGAGAUUAUUUUGUCCAGCGAGAACAGAAUGGUUAACUUCAUAACUAUGAACAAGGAAGGGAUCUACUCCUUUUUGGGGUACUUUACAAUAUUCAUAUUUGGCCAAUCCUUUGGAUCAUUUGUUUUAACAGAAUACCCAACGAAGAACAACUUGAUCUCCAUAAGUAGAACCAAAGCAUCACGCAAAGGUUCCAAUCUAAUUACAGUGUCCACUACACAGGGGUUACUCAUAGCCACGGUGUUUUAUCAAGGCUUGUUCACCAUCGUGAACAGCUCCAAUAAUAUCACAAGCAUUUCAAGAAGGAUAGCUGAUGCAUCUUACGUUUUGUGGGUAGUGUCCUACAAUGCGGCCUUCUUGUUGGGAUACGAUCUAAUUGACAAAAUUCUACCGGAACAAUCUGGAUUUGCCUCAGAGUUGUUGGAGGCAGUCAACAAUAACGGGUUACUAGCAUUUUUGUUGGGCAAUCUUUUGACCGGAUUGAUUAAUAUGCUGAUCAAUACGUUGGAGGUAUCAAACACAACUGCAUUUUUGAUCUUGGUUGGUUAUAGUGUUGUAUGGAUUGCAACUGUAAUCAUUUUGAAUCGCAAGCACAUCUAUAUCAAAUUAUAG